GAUGGCCGCCUUCAGGUAGGAUGCCAUCUGGCGCAAGGAAUAGUUACCGUUAAUCCGAGCCAUAAAAACACGAUUCUGAAAUAGAUUUACCCAUCGAAUAUUCGCAAAAUAAGCCAAGGAAACCCGACGCAGCUGCACUUUUUGUUAAAAAUAAACCUUUUUCAUUACCUGUUGCUAAAAUCCGCGUAAAACAAUGGCUGCCGGAUUUCGUCCGUAUGAUCUGGGCUCUGGCUCUAACCUUACAAAUAGCGAGGCUCCGGGACCUGGCAUGUCAGUCGUUCUAAGAACGGAGCCGCAAUACUUUCAUCCUCAGACUGCAAUCCUACCGAGCUUCCAGUAUUCGCAUCCGUAUCACCACUAUCUGAGUCAAUUUGCACCGAACUUCGUUCCCUACUAUUACCGCCUGCUUUCGCGACCAAUAAUGAAGCAGGAGGAGAUGGACAUCGAAAACUAUAUCAACUACGAGGUGGCCUCCCAACAGGCCAUGCUACGACAUAGGACUAUGAAGCCGCUGGGUCAGUUGCAGAUCCAAAUGCCGCCUCCCUUAAAGACUAACCCUCCAGUAAAAGCCCCCGUAAAGCCAGUGCCAGUGCAUCGAAGCUCUCCACCGAAACGUCGCAUUAUCAAUGCUCAACUGGUCGCCAUAGCCACCGCAUCCGGGGGCAUAAAAAAUGUAGAACCAAGAGUUGAAUCUCUACCUCCCCCGGAUGAAUCAUUCAAACAACAAGUAGCUAAGGUUCAGAAAAGUCAGAAUCACUACGAACAGCUCUUUGGAAGACUUACUUCUAUGUUGAAGACCCUGAAUCAACGAUACGAGAACGAUGCUGAAGAUGUCCCCGCACCGCCUUCGAAAAGACCACGCCACAUGUCCACUAGCUCCUCAGACUCGCAUCUUCAAGAUACAGCUUCCGAAAAGGACGAAAAAGACACUCUGACUCAGUAUCCGCAGCGUGUGCAAAAAGAGGACGGUAGUGCAGUGUAUGUUCUAGGGCCAAACGGCACUCAGAUCACGGCUCAUCAGUAUGGAGAGGUCUUCUGGACCAACGCCCCAGUGGCCACUAGAUGUCUGCUCUGCGUGGUCUUUAGCAGUGAUGAGUUAGCCACUCACACUCUGACGGGAAAACCCUCACCUGCUUUUUACGGUCGGGAAAGACCCCCGAAACUUCAGUUGGAUCAGCGUAAAGUGGACGACAUUGUAGUAUGUGUGAGGAAUAAAACCGGAGGCAAGGAGAGGAUGAUCCGGGCCACCAUAACCACUAAGUGCGCAGAUACAGCAAAGAAAUAUAAACGACGGGCCAAGAAGGCUCAAAAGGUGGCUAUUAAAGAGGAAUAUUAGGAUGGGUAACGAUUGGCUAGAUAUAAUCCAGCUUUUUUUUAAAACUAACAACUUCCCAACGACGCACCAAAAAGGCGCAGAAAGCCAUUGUAAAUAUUAAUUGUAUUCCCUGCUGAAAGUAACUGUAUGACUUGUAUUAUAAUCUAGCUGUGAUUAAAUAAACAAAAAGACAAAAGAA